AUGGCUGAAAGCCAUUGGUCGCACCUCCAUACUAUACUUGCUAACAGUGAUAAUCGUGACACAUUACCAACCAAUAGACCAUAUCACUGUGCAAAUUAUUUUGUUCACAGGUUUCAGUCAUUAAAAAAAGAACUUUAUAAAAAACCAAACCUUACAGGCUUUGGUGAAAUUACCAAUUUCUUUGACAGAGUUGAAUUUCAAAACCGAGGCGCGGCUCAUACCCAUAGUUGCUAUUGGACAGCUAAUACCAUUCAAGAUAUGAUCCAAAAUGAUGUAAUACAAUCAACUAUGCCAGAUCCACUAUAUGAACCCGAACUCUAUGCUGCAGUCGUAGCCAAUCAAAUACACACCUGCAACGAAAAAUGCCGAAGACCAAACCUUAUAACACAAACGUGUAAAAAAGGAUUCCCCCGUCCUUAUAGUGAAUCAACCCACUAUGAAGAAGUAAAGUAUCUCACUACUGAUCCUCCACCCAUUAGAACCCGCUCGAUACUUCCAAUUCAUAUGAUAGAUGAAAAUGACGAAAAUCCGUACUAUGAUGACACUAUUAUAAAAUACAUGCACCGUCCCUGCAUCCCUGAGUUUGAAAACCUUACUUACCUACAAUAUUUCGAAAAAUAUUUUAUUACCCCUUCUCACCCCACAACAACACAUCGUAUCAUUCAUCAUGAUGAACUAUUUAACUAUGUUGUAGAACAUAUGAAAGAAUUAUAA